AUGUUCUCCAAGGGGUUGCUGGCUGUACUGGCUGCGCAGACAUGCGCUGCGGCAGUUUCCAAGGCACGCGAUGACGCGACUUGCACGAAGACUACGGUCGCGAUCUUGGGCGGUGGAAUGGCGGGCGUCGCCGCGGCUCAAGCAUUGCAUAACUCUUCCAUCGAGGACUUUGUCCUAAUUGAGUACCGCGAUACUCUUGGCGGGCGUGUUGCACACACGGACUUCGGCAAGGAUGAGAAGGGCAAGCCAUAUACGGUGGAACUAGGUGCCAAUUGGGUGCAAGGACUUGGCUCUCCUGGAGGCCCUGAAAAUCCCAUUUGGACAUUCGCGAAGAAGUGGCAUCUCAACAACACCUACUCCAACUACAGUUCCAUCCUGACCUACGAUGAGAGUGGAUUCAACGACUAUGCCUCUCUGCUCGAUGACUUUGAGGACCUAUACGAUGACGCUUCUGAACAAGCUGGCAUCCUCCUGAAGGAGAACCUCCAGGAUCAAACUGCCCGUACUGGCCUUGCACUGGCUGGCUGGCGGCCCAAGGUUGAUGACAUGAAGGCCCAAGCUGUUGAGUGGUGGGAAUGGGAUUGGGAGGAUGCUUAUUCUCCCGAGGAAAGCUCUUUCAUCUUCGGUGUUGCUGGCCAGAACCUCACUUUCAACCAAUUCAGCGACGCGAACAACUACGCCUCGACCUUCUUGAAGAAGAACGAUCCCCGUCUCCACCUCAACUCCGUCGUCACCAACAUCACUUACACCGAUGACGGUGUGACGGUUCAGAAGAAGGACGGAAGCUGUGUGCAAGCCGCCUACGCCGUCUGCACUUUCUCUCUCGGUGUCCUUCAAAACAGCGACGUGACCUUCAGCCCGAAGUUGCCGUACUGGAAACGCACCGCGAUUGAAAAAUUCACCAUGGGCACCUACACCAAGAUCUUCCUUCAAUUCAAUGAAACCUUCUGGCCUCGGGAUACGCAGUACUUCCUCUACGCAGACCCAACCACAAGAGGUUACUACCCUGUUUGGCAAUCUCUCUCGGCACCGGGCUUCAUCCCGGAGUCGAACAUCAUCUUCGUGACCGUCGUCUCACAAGAGGCAUACCGUGUCGAACGCCAGUCCGACGAGGAAACUCAAAAGGAGGUCAUGAAGGUUCUCCGUGAGAUGUAUCCGGACAAAGACAUCCCCGAGCCAACCGCGUUUAUGUAUCCCCGUUGGAGCACGACCCCAUGGGCGUACGGAAGCUAUUCAAACUGGCCGCCAUCGACUACGCUGGAGAUGCACGAGAACCUACGAGCGAAUGUUGAUCGCCUGUGGUUUGCUGGCGAGGCGACAAGUGCGCAAUACUUUGGUUUCUUGCACGGUGCUUGGUACGAGGGGCGUGAUGCGGGUGAACGGAUUGCUGGAUUGCUCAAUCAUAAGUGCAGCAAUUCUUCGGAUACUUCUGAAUGUGGAAACCGCAAAUACUAUAAGAAGCUCUCUGGCUCUUCGCCAUUGGCGGAUUACAGUGCUUUUGAUGGGUGGCCAGUUAGCAGCUUCUACUCGAGCAGUUAG